AGGAGCACAAGGAACCUGGCUCUCAACAUAUCCAUAUUGCUAUCCCAGUGCAAGCCAACGUCGUUACGAGGACAUAAUCAAAGUCUCGGUCUUGCUGCUGCUGCUGCUGCUGCUAAAGCCACAUCGAACGUUUCGUCAAUGGAAUUUAAGGAGUUGGGAGGAGAUGACAGCUCCGAGGGAGACACAGAAGACUUGGACAGUGUCAAAGCGCUUACAGAAAAGCUGAAAUUGCAAACUCGCAGACCAUCUUACUUUGAAUGGCAGGAGAGCUUACAAAGUGGCCCGUGGAAGGAUGGCUCAAACUGUGCAAAAGAAAAUGCCGAAGAAAGUCAGGAUGUAGCCGCACUGGACAGCGUUAAUAUCCCUGUCAUUUUGAGCCGUGGGAAUUCCGACUUGGUGGUCCGGAAUAUUUGUGGUUUUGAAACUAUCGAUGAUGCCUUGGAAUUUAUUAGGAAGGAGCUGAGGGAAAUGCAGCUGCAGGACAACCGCCUGGCCCGGCAGCUCAUCCGCCUCCGCACGGAGAUCCACCGGCUGAAGGUGGAGCAGGUCUGCCACCGCCACAAGGAGAUGCUGGACAAGGCAACGUACGAGCUGGAGGAGUGCGGCGAGGAGUCCGACCUUCUCUGCGACAUCCCCAUGAAGGCCGCCUUCGCUCUCUCCACCCCGCUCAAGCACCUGGGACUGACCAAGAUGAACAUCAACUCACGGCGCUUCUCGCUGUGCUAAGGUUUCAACACCACCACCAACACCUCCACCAUUUGACCUCCAAAGAUCUCCAUUUGAGAGGAUCCUCUCUCCUGUAGGAACACGGGCUGCUUUUGGUGGACGUGUUUAUAUUCCACUGUGUUUGUGUGUCAUGGUGAGAUUGGAAGAACAUGCGGAAUUCAUAAGGUGUGUGCUUGGACAUGCUUGGAGUAGGCAAAGUCUAGCUAGACACACCCUUAGCCAUGGCUUUUAAUGAAAUGCACUGAUUGUGUGUUCAGUACAAUUCGAUUACAUUGUGAAAGCACUUAGCCAUGAUGAAGUGAUAACGUUCAGACUUAGAGCAUAGAGUUACAUUUUACAUUGAAAUUACAAAACAGCAAAGUUAUUUAUAAAAAAAACAUUUUUACAUGUUCACCCUGGCAUGCAUUUUCUCCACACGCCAGCACGUUGACCAAUGUUCUCAGGGUAACUUCAUGGCUUCAUCAUGAAUGUGGGGUUAUUUUGUCUGACCAGUAGCCUAACGCGAAAAAGCCACCGUCCACUGGCCCUUAUCGAGGCGACACCGUCCACAGAUACCGUCAAUAUUUGGUUGAGAAUCUGUGAGUUUGGGAUCAUUUCCAAACAGGAUGCUAGGGAUCACGCUCCGCAGUUCUCACACCUCCUCUCCUCGGACCAAAAAUAACAGGUCACCGUAGCGAUAUAGCCCCACGAAAGGUCGCGCCCUACGGUUUAGAUUUCCAUGACGCCGUCCAGAUGUUGAUGGGAGCCCAGAUCUCACAUCCAUUGCGGUGUCGUUAAAGAGUAGCCUUUCAUACAAAAAGCCUUGAUGCAUAUUAUUUUUAUCCUCUGUAGGCUAUAUAAAUACAUUUAUUAAAAGAUAUUAGAGGAGAGUUAUGGUUUUUAGAGUUAGAUGCCAAAAUAGAAUCCUUGUUCAAUUCGUUAAAAUAAAACAUUUCAAGAGCGCCAAGAAUUUUUUUAAUUUCUUAGUGGCUCCUCUCUAGACCUUUUAAAGUUCAAACACUGUUGACAUGCCAUGACUAGUGAGUGCUCUUGUUCUCCAACGUGUUCUCGCUUCAAAACAGACAUGCAUACACCGCAAAUGCUGCUGCACAUGUGGGCUCGCAUCUCAAGGAAAUCAAAGAUGUUUAACCCCUUUUGGACCUGAACUUAAUUAAUUAAACUCAAGAGGUUUCCUUUAAAACAGCGGUAACACUGUUAAUUGAUGUACUUGUAUUUGCAUUUUUCUGUCAUAUUUUAAAAUCCCACUACGGGCCAAAUGCACGCUAUAUUUUUUUGUAUUAACUGAAAAUGUAGAUAUAAACUGCUUAUUAUUAAAAACUUGAACAUAA